UACGUGUGUGCCCAAACCCUGGACAUUGCGUUUCGCACCAAGUCAAGUAAUUUCUUAGGAUUUAUUGACAGCAGCUCGCUUUGUCUCCUGAUAUCGUUCUGACCUAUUUGGUUAAUUCAAAAGAGCUGCUUCUCACCCUCAAAACGUGUCUCUGGACGGUCGUACUCCCUCUAAUUCUAAUUCACAGCUCACGACAGCACAGAUUUCCUAUUUAUCCAGAUGUAUCUGGAGAUCAUCGAUUUAAUUGCCCAUUCGGAAUAGCUCAAUUACGUACGGGGUCAAUGGCAAGCCCCUACAUCUAACAAGGUCACUCAGAGUACUAGACACAGAAACGAGUGCUACUUCACGGAUCAACAGUUCAUGACACCCAGCCACCAAACCCCUGAAAGGUGGGAGAUCCACGAUAACGAUGCAGAUCCCGAUAAGGAAUUUACCCCUCGUUUCCCUUCAAUCAAACAAACAUCAAUGCCAUCAUCACUUCCCGCCUACAAUUUCUCCUUUUCCACAAAACCCCUCCGGCAAGCAUGUCCACCGAAACCCUAACAUUCGGUCCCCCAAACGAUACCUGGACAUACGACCACCCCACCAAAACAUGGGAUCUCUCUAAUUCCUCCAAACGGAACCUCACAUUUUCUACGACAGAAGGCUUAUCAGAUACAUCUGUGACUAUUAAUCCAGAGAGAACUGCACUCGUGGUGGUUGAUAUGCAGAAUUUCUUUCUUGAUGCAAGUUGUAUGGAACACCCGAAUGGAUUGAAGGCUGUGGAGCCCACGGCUAGGGUGGUGGAGUGGUGUAGAGUCGUGGGUGUACAGGUAAUCUGGCUCAACUGGGGCCUCACCGACACCGACAUGUGCACCAUGCCCGCCAGCAUCCUCCGCAGCUUCGCCCGGAACCUCAUCGUCCCUCCUCCAUCCCCUACCUCACCAACGCCGUACAUCGGCCUCGGCAGCCCUCUCUCUCCCCCCUCCAAAGGCCGCACCCUCUUCGCCUCCACCUGGAACGCAUCCAUCUUCCCCUCUCUAGCAAAACACAUCUCCCCAAGCGACAUCCACGUCCCGAAAAACCGUAUGAGCGGUCUCUGGAACGAGGAGCAGCCGUUGUAUAAGACGUUGGUGGAGAAGGGGGUGAAGACGAUACUGUUUGCCGGUGUGAAUACGGAUCAGUGUGUGUUGGGGACGUUGGUCGAUGCGUAUAAUAACGGGUGGGCGUGUGUGUUGGUGGAUGAUUGUUGUGGGACGACGACGAGGUGGGGGAGGGAGGCGAGUUUGUGGAAUGUGGCUGUGAGUUUGGUUUUUAUCUUUUUCUUGUAUUUUUUUCUUUGGUGCAUUCUUUUUACUUGGGUAAGAAUUGUCUGGGGUCUUCACCUGAUCUUCACAAUCUUUUUGUGAAUCAAUGCCCAAUUACUUACUCGAUUUCCUUUCCUGCAUAUUAUUUCUUUGCAUAUAUAUCGAAUCAAGUCGUAGAUCUAGUACGCUGCGAGCUCCUCGAGGAGAAUUAGUGAUUCUCGCAGAAGUAAGCGAAGCAAAGCGAUCAGUCACUGCAGGCAGUUCCUUCCAAUGUUUACACAGCAGUGCGGAAACAGGUAUCUGAAUUGCAUCUAGCGUUCACUUUGGCAUGUGCUUACUGACCCACUAACAACAAACAGUCAGCGUACGGAUUUGUUACUCGAAGCGACGAGCUGCUUGCUGCGAAGGUGGGGUAAGUGCAAGAUAUCAAUAACUGUAUCAUUCAAGAAGGUAGGAAAUCAAGAUACGGAUGAGAUGCAGGUAGACUAAGAGACUAAGAUAGUCGAUACGGAUAACCUACUCCGGAUACGAGACCAAGCCGUGAUAUGAUGCCAUGUGAUGAGGAGUGGUGCACAAUCCCAUCCUAUCGGAGACGUUCCUGGGAAUGAGGAGAAAAAGGAAAUGUUGGAGCGGAAUAUUUUAGA